CCGAUUGCGAUUCGUCUUUUGUUUUACGAAAACACCCGAGUGCGAAUCGGCCGCUUUCCGGAAGAUCCGGGUGCUGGGGCUUCAACAUAAACAGCAAUGGCGGAGGCAGCGGCAGCGUCAACAGCGGCUCCAGCAGUUAUCGGAGGUUGGACGAAGCAUGUAACCUGCAGGUAUUUCAUGCACGGCCUUUGCAAAGAGGGUAACAACUGUCGAUAUUUACACGACCUCAACAGCUGCAAGCCAACCAUGACCUGCAAGUUCUUCCAAAAAGGAUAUUGUGCUUUUGGGGACUGUUGCAGGUAUGAACAUACCAAACCUGCCAAGAAAGACGAAGUCCCUAGUUCAAAGCCGUCGGUGCCGCUGACCGCUGCUCCCCUUGCUGGCACUCCUGAUCCCAUGUCUGAUGGGUCAGGUGGCAUGACCAGCACCCAGGAGAAGCCCCAAAGCUCGGGGGCAGUGGACUGGGUGAAUGCUGCAGAGUUCGUGCCAGGGCAGCCCUACUGUGGGAGGGCUGACCCAGUGCUGUUUGAGGGGCCUGGUCCCCUCAUUGAAGAAGAGUACGAGAAAGAACAAGCUAACAAAGAACUGAAGAAACAGCUUUGCCCAUAUGCCGCGGUCGGUGAAUGUCGCUAUGGUCUUAACUGUGCUUAUCUCCAUGGUGACGUUUGUGACAUGUGCGGCCUACAGGUGCUCCACCCUACCGACACCUCUCAGCGCUCACAACACAUCAGGGCUUGCAUCGAGGCUCAUGAGAAGGACAUGGAGAUCUCCUUUGCCAUCCAGCGUAGUAAGGACAUGAUGUGUGGCGUGUGCAUGGAGGUGGUGUUUGAGAAAACCAACCCCAGUGAACGCCGUUUCGGAAUCCUCUCUAACUGCAGCCAUUGUUACUGCCUCAAGUGCAUCAGGAAAUGGCGGAGCGCCAAGCAGUUCGAGAGCAAGAUCAUAAAGUAA